GUUCAGCUAUUUGUUUGCUUUGCUGCUUGUUGUAUUUGCCCAAGUGUUGGAAUCAGUCAUUGAAUUCAGCACGUCAGCAUUUAAGGAAUGGAGAACCUUCCCUUCUGUGUAUGGGCAACAGAUGUGAGCCUGGCCCAGAACAGGGUGGAACAGAGUGGGAUAAAGCUGUUUCAGCCAGAAGCAGGUUACAUCUUACAUUACUGAACAUGACUGCCUUGUAGGGGUUGUUCCUCCUUCUGCAGCGUUCUCCUUGAUGACUUUCCUUGCAGCUUCUCCCUUAAGCAGCAUUAUCUGAAGCCAGCAUGUUAUUUGCUGCUCUUAUCAGGAGUUCUUCUGCAAUUAUUUGAUAAACGAUGAAGGUUCUGUUACUGAAGGACCCCAAAGACAAAGAGUCGGGACCAGAUCCGUAUGUGAAAGAAUUAGGAUUGUAUGGAUUUGAAGCAACUUUGAUUCCAGUUUUGUCAUUUGAAUUUGUAUCUCUUGAAGACUUGUUUGAAAAGCUUUCUCAUCCAGAGCGUUACAGGGGCCUCGUUUUUACCAGUCCAAGAGCAUUAGAAGCCAUCAAGAUAUGUUUAAGAGAGAAUAGUAAAAAUGAAGCAUGGUCAAAAUCUCUUAAACAACAGUGGAAUACCAAACCAACAUACGUGGUAGGAAAGGCUACAGCUUCUCUUGUGGAAGAAAUUGGCCUUUCUUCACACGGAGAAAAGAGUGGAAAUGCUGAAAAAUUAGCUGAAUAUAUUUGCUCAAGAGAGAAACCUCGUUCAUCAUCUCUUCUUUUCCCUUGCGGAGCCCUGAAAAGAGAAGUACUUCCUACAGCACUUAAAGAAAAAGGCAUACAGCUGGAGAGCCUGACUGUGUACCAGACUGCCCAACACGAGCAUCUCCAGCAGUCACUGAGCAGCUAUUUCUCACAGCAGGGAAUUCCAGCCAGCAUCGUGUUCUUCAGUCCAUCUGGUGUCAAGUUUUGCCUCCAGCACAUUCAGAAGCUUUCUGGUGAUUCUGCCAACCACAUAAAGUUUGCUGCUAUUGGUCCAACAACUGCAGAAGCCAUGGAGGCAGCAGGAAUCCCAGUAAGCUGCACUGCAGAGAGUCCCACUCCUCAAGACCUCACUGCUGGGCUCCAAAAAGCACUUUGCCCACAGAACUGCAUUUUAUCUGACUGAGAGCACAGCAUGUGUUGGUGGUUCUCUACAGAAGGCUUUUUCAUUUUGCAGACCUGUUGUCCUGCCAUGAAGUAUUGUUUGGGAAUACACAACACUGUCCUGGCAGCACCUUGUGUGAGCUGCUAGCACGUAUCUAAGAAAUUUGUCUAGCACGUCCUGAAGCCCCUUUUUCUUAUGUGUGCAGUCCCAGGAAACAAACUGUGAGAGGCCACCAGUGCAUCAGAGUAAUAUAUUGACAUUUUGUGUUCCAUGUGUCACCUCAGGUAUCUCCUAGUGCACAAGGUGAGGUUUCCACUUCUGUGUAUAGUCAGUUUCUCCAUGCACAUCUUCUGUUGUAAAAGAAGAUUGUACUUAUGAAGUAUUUUCUGUUGCAAAGCUUAUUCAUUGUUCUCCUUCUGAAAUAUUUAUAUUAAGGGAAUGAUUGCAGAUUCUCAGUGGAGUAGGAUAAUUCUUGUACUGUUGCACUGAGUGAAGCUAACAGGAGGUCAGUUAUUGACACAUCCUUGCAGUAUGGAGUCUUAAAAAAAUAAGGUUUCAUUUCUAUUUCUGUAGAGAAGGAUUUGUAAACAGAGAAAUAAAGUGGCUUACCAUUAAUAA